GACAUUUCUACUUCGGCUGUCAACGGCAAGUCAUGUCAACCAGAGCAAAGAAUAAAAAAAAAACAACAAGUUAACAGAGAGAAAAACCCUCUGUAGCUAUUGUAUAGGCUGGUCAUCAUCUAUUUUAAUAAUCCUUCCAGAGUACCAUAUGGGACUUUAGUGGCUUGGCUGCAUGUCAGCAGCUCUGAAGAGUCUCCUCUGAAGAUCGUGCUCUAACCCUCCUGGACUGAACUUCGCCAAACUAGAAGCAGCUCUGGAAUGUGUCGAAAACUCCUCAUCCACUGGACAGCUUUGUUUCGCAAUCAAGACACACGUCUUACCAAAAAAAACAGGUGAAUUUCUACCGGGAAGAGUGAAAGUAAAUUACAGGAAGAAUGAACGUGACAGUCACACCAACAGCGACAAUCACAAACUCAACUGUGUGUGUUAAAAUUGGUGAGAGUGCUAUCAGUGACUUCCUGAUGUCUGUUUACAUCCUGGCUUUUAUUUUUGGUUUGAUUUUUAAUGUGCUGACCCUGGGUCCCAUUUUGCAACAAGUGAAGCGGCAAAAUGUUCUUGGAAUCUUCCUGCUCAACCUGUCCCUCUCCGACCUACUUUUCCUCUUCACUAUGCCCCUUUGGAUCAAUUAUUAUCAGCAGGACCACCACUGGAAGCUAGGUAUUAUGUCCUGCAGUGUAGCCGGCUUCUUCUACUACUCCAACAUGUACAUCAGCAUCUUCCUGCUCUGCUGUAUCUCUGUGGACCGUUGCCUGGUGGUCACCUUCCCGCUCCGCUUCAAGACCCACCGAACAUCUUGCUACGCCUGGGCACAGUGUGCCGCUGUCUAUGUUGUUGUGAUACUGCUGCACAUCAUGGUACUGGUCUAUGACAAUCUCAAAGAUGCCCACGACGACAUAAACAACAAUGACCGCUGUUAUGAGACUUACCCCAUGCAGAGGCCCGUCGCCUUGUUCAACCUGCUAAGAGUGGGCAUCGGCUUCCUGCUACCCCUUCUGGUGCUGGCGAUGAGCUACUGGAGGGUGCUGGCCACUGUGGGCCAGAGUCCUGGCCUGAGCGCCCAGGCAAAAAGAAAGGUCCGUCUGCUGUCCUUUGGGGUGAUUGGGAUCUUCUCAAUUUGCUUUGCUCCAUAUCACAUUCUCCUGCUCAUACGCUCACUAGUCUUCUACAAUAGUGAUAAUGUACAACCUCAAGGAAGUUACUGCCAGUUUGAACAAAAUAUGCACUUUUCAUUCUCAUGUACUCUGGCACUCUCCAGUCUGAACUGCGUGGUGGACCCUGUGCUGUAUGUGUUGGUCAGUAACGGCGUCCGGAAGGAGGUGAUGCUGUGCUUGAGAAGGCCAAGGAAAUCAGAGACAGGGGACUGUGCUUUAACCAAAUAUAACAGAGGGAAGCCUGAAACUAACUUAACUAACUUAAUAUGAAAGGCAAGCUAUGUGGGUGGAUAAGUUCACCUGUGCAUUUGUAUUCAUACGUGUGUGUAUUUGUGUGUAUGUGCAUAGGCAAGUAUGCAUAAUAGCUGUUUAAACUCAUGCCCUCAUUUUCAGAGUGAGUGAGCAAGUAGCAGGAAUAUUUACAUCCCAUAAUCAACCCUUUGUCUACAGAAAAUCAGACAUCCUUUAAGCGAACCACAUUGAUGCUUUGUUUUUUUUUUCAUCUCUCAUAUCCUGCACAAUGUAGAGUUGGGGGUUGAAUAACACGCAUCUCAGAGCUCUGUAAAUGGAUGUAUUCCCAGGUUCUGUUCUCCCAAGAGUUCUUCAGUGGCAGCCCCUUCUGGUUUGUGGCUUAACUCUGCUGGAGCUGAAGAGCACUUGCGUUUUCCUUCCAAUCUAUACAAGGAGGUUGUGAUUGUGAUUCUGGCAACUUUAAAGCAUGCAAAAAAAUACAUUCAUUAGCAUGAGCUUGUACUUUUAUUAUCUAACCGUCAGUGAAACAUGUUCAAUGUAAAAUCAAAUAAACUAGUUGUUUAAACAGGUGCUUGGCUAACUGUUUUAUAAAGAAUAUGUUUGAUGAUCAAUUUUUUGUAGGCAUUUUAUACAUUUCCAACGGGGGGAAAGCCACAGGAAAUGACAAGCUUGCAAGCACUUAAAGCCAUUACUAUCGUUCAUAAAGGUAAAAAUAAAUCCUGCACAGCUGUGUGCUACACAGGUGUCAAGUGGGCGAGGGAAGCGAUCUAGAGCUUAAUGUGUGUGUGUGUGUGUGAGAGGGUCUUAUAUUUGCCACAAUGUCUGAAAAGGUAAAGAAGACAGGUGAAAAAAGAAAGAAAGAAAGAAAGAAAGGGAGAAAGAAGGAGGGAGCAGGUGAAUGGAGAACGUUAAGAGCGUUAUUGCUUUGUUUUAUAUUUUGCUCAUUACAAUGCAUCAUAGUUUAUAAUCAAAAAAUCAAACUACGCAUGUGGCCCAAAAAAAAAUCACACUCCUAUACUACUUAAUUGUUUUAAUUUAUACAGUACGCUUCAUGCGCAUGUAACUGCUGCCCGGAUUAUGUUCAAUGGCAAUGUUUUUUUCCUGUCCAUGGUGACCGGAUAUUGAAGGAAAACAAUAUGUAUGAAAUGUUUAUGUAAUAUGAGUGAAUAAAAUUUCUUUAAAGUGUUCCCUUAUUGUGUUGGUAAAAAUGUCUAGCGGGUGCCGUAACUGUCUCUUAAAAUAUGAUUUUUUAAAAGUAGGCAGGACUCUGUGUUAAAUACUUGAAUGAUAAGGCUGGUGCUAUUCUCCAUUCUUGUUGUUUUCAACGAAUCCAUUUAAAAGGUGUAAGCCAAUGAAUUGAUUCUACCUACCAAUAUUGAAAUCAAAGCCUGAUUUAACGUAUUUCUCUGUGCCAUAAAUCGCAUCGCCAAAAAACUAUUAAUAAAAACAUCAUGA